AUGGAAGUUGAUGAUGCUGCCACACCUCGCCCUCCUGCUCAAGUUCGCCGACCUGGCUUUACCCCUGACGCUGUUCAAAAGUUUGUAGACGAGACAGGUCUGAUUGUGAUGAAGUCAUUUGAAACUUUUUUACAAACCUACAAAGACGAGCAACUGACGUAUAUGAGUGAAAGCAACUCGGGCUGGAAAGGAUAUCCUUAUAUGAUGCAGAUGGAAAAUUUUAUCACAAGCUUGUUAGAUACGGUCUUUGUUGAUUUUGGUCAUAUUGAAAGAAGUGAUUCGACAUUAGCCUCUGCUAUUAGUGAUCAAUACUAUCGUUUCCUUCCUUUCCUUCGACGAGCUGUACAUAAUGUAGUGAGUGAACAGUUUCCCAAAUGCUUCCAGCCAAGAGAUCAAGAUCUCGUACCUGACUCGGCGCUCAACAGAGAAUUCAACGUUGCAUUCUAUGGAUUAUCUGAUAUGAACCGCGUACGACAAUUAAAGACAGACAAGAUCGGCCGUCUUAUCAGUGUCAGUGGCACCGUCACCCGUACGUCUGAAGUUCGUCCUGAACUGACCUAUGCAUCCUUUACAUGUAACGAAUGCGGCAAAAUUGUAAACAAUAUCGAACAGGAGUUUAGAUACACACAACCCACGAUGUGUCCUACCAUCACCUGCUACAAUCGUACCAACUGGACACUUAAUAUUGAAAAAUCCAAAUUUGUCGAUUGGCAAAAGAUCAGAAUUCAAGAAAAUUCAAACGAGAUUCCUACUGGCAGUAUGCCUAGAAGCUUGGAUGUCAUUGUCCGUAACGAAAUGGUCGAGCGUGCCAAGGCGGGUGACAAGUGUGUUUUCACGGGUACCCUUAUUGUUGUUCCCGAUGUGUCUGCUUUUAGAACACCUGGCACAUCUGUCGAAACCGAACGAGACACGACCACCCGUCCCUCUGACGGAUUGGGCAAGGAAGGUGUGACUGGUCUUAGAGCCCUUGGUGUCCGUGAUUUGACCUACAAGUUAUCUUUCUUGGCUUGUAUGGUGCAGCCUGCCACUCAAAACAAGGUCAACAAUAUCAACCUUCAUGGCGAAGAUGUUCCAGAAGAGACGAUCCAGGAUGUCUACAACACAUUAACUCCCGAAGAAGUCGAAAAUCUUCACAAAAUGAUUCGAAUGGGCGAUAAGUUCUACAGCAAAUUGGUCGGCAGUAUCGCGCCUUCUGUGUUUGGGCAUGAAACUGUUAAAAAGGGUAUUCUGUUGCAAAUGUUGGGUGGCGUGCACAAGGUCACGCCUGAAGGUAUGCAUCUUCGUGGUGAUAUCAACGUGUGUAUUGUUGGUGACCCAUCCACAAGCAAGUCUCAAUUUUUGAAAUAUGUUUGUAAUGUCAUGCCUAGAGCCGUGUAUACCUCUGGUAAGGCUUCUAGUGCUGCCGGUUUAACUGCCUCCGUUAUCAAGGAUGAAGAAACAGGCGAAUUCUCUAUUGAGGCUGGUGCUCUUAUGCUUGCUGAUAAUGGUAUCUGUGCCAUUGACGAGUUUGACAAGAUGGACGUCAAGGAUCAAGUGGCUAUUCACGAAGCAAUGGAACAACAAACGAUUUCUAUUGCAAAGGCAGGUAUUCAAGCUAGUUUGAAUGCACGUACCAGUAUUCUUGCCGCUGCCAACCCUGUCGGUGGUCGUUACAACAAGAAGCGAACAUUAAGACAAAAUGUCAACAUGUCAGCACCCAUCAUGUCUCGUUUUGAUUUGUUCUUUGUUGUUUUGGAUGAAUGUAAUGAAAUUACGGAUUAUAAUAUUGGUCGUCAUAUUAUCAAUAAUCAUCGUCAAAAGGAAGAUGCCAUGCAGGCUGAGUUUUCUACUCGAGAUAUUCAAAACUAUGUUCGUUAUGCUAGAACCUUUAAGCCAAAGUUGACAAAGGCAGCUGCUGACAAGUUGGCUGAAUAUUAUAGAGAAUUGCGACAAGGCGAUUCUCAAGGUGUGGGUCGAAAUUCAUACCGUAUUACUGUAAGACAGUUGGAAAGUAUGGUUCGUUUAUCUGAAGCUAUUGCAAGAGCUUUAUGUAAUGAAGAGAUUACUGUUGCACAUGUGACAGAAGCAUACACUUUACUUCAAAAAUCGAUUAUUCGUGUCGAAGAAGAAGAUGUUAAUAUUGACGAUGCAUUUGAUGACAAUGAAAUGAGCGAGCUGUUGACAAGCACAGAAGCACUCCGUAGUAUGUCCUUGAACGAAACUGAAGAGCCCAGUGAAGAGCAUAGAGAUGUCAAUAUGGACCAACCUAAAGGACCCAGUGGUGCUUUCAUGACAUCUUCUGGAAAGAUUUCCAUACCUUAUGAAAAGUUUGAAGAAAUCAAGCAAAUGCUGGCCAUCAAGCUUCACCAAGUGCAAGAAGAAUCUGAUGAAGAAGCUGGUAUCACACAGGAUAAGCUGAUCAUGUGGUAUCUUGAACAAAUGGAAAAUAAUCUUGAUGAAGAAGCUCUUGAGUUUGAAGUGACGGUUGUGAAGAAGGUCAUUAAGAAGCUUCUAAAGACGGUAAGAAUCAUUUUAUUUAAAGUUUUGCUUUACUCAUCUUAUAUUGCAGGGUGA